CCACUUCCGUUACUUCUUUCCUCAACCUACCAGCAAACAUGUCCGGACGUGGCAAGGGCGGCAAGGGCCUGGGCAAGGGCGGCGCCAAGCGCCAUCGCAAGGUGCUCCGCGACAACAUCCAGGGCAUCACGAAGCCCGCUAUCCGCCGUCUGGCUCGCCGUGGCGGUGUGAAGCGUAUCAGCGGCCUCAUCUACGAGGAGACCCGCACGGUGCUGAAGACCUUCCUGGAGAACGUCAUCCGCGACUCGGUCACCUACACCGAGCACGCUCGCCGCAAGACCGUGACCGCCAUGGACGUGGUCUACGCGCUCAAGCGCCAGGGCCGCACCCUGUACGGCUUCGGUGGCUAAGCGGCUCCUAUACCCUGCGCACGCUGUAUCUGCCACGUCUUCCCUUGUCCGCGGGAAGCGGGGCCUGCGCGGCGUGCCAGGACCCCCAAACAAACUCGGUGUUUCUCAACACCACCUCAGUGUCGGGCUUAUGCUUCUCGUA